AUGACACGGAUAGGCUUGCCUUUGUCGCAGCUGGUGAUGACGACGUUGGUCUUGCUUGCGCUGCCAUUGGGUCGCACCUCUGGGGCCGCACCCAUCACGCCCAUGGAAAUGGCCGGCGAGUCCUUGACUGCCGAGACGUGGAACACCGUCAACAAUGGCACCUGGUAAGUAUAGAGGCAUGAGUAGGAUCUGGGACAUCAAAAGUGAAACAUGGACUGACUGCCCUCUGUUCGUCCUCAUCGCACAGGCUGGUCGAGCACUAUUCGUACGUCAUGCUCCUUUCGGGUAAGAGACGACGUGCAAGAGGGGCACUGACGUUUGCUAUUCCCCGUGACAGACCAUAUUGCCACCACUGCCGGUCAUUUGCUCCCAAGUGGAAAGAACGUAAGUCGACCCUGACGCGCGCUAUCAGUCAACCCCCCCACCUGAAGGAACCGGUAGCUCACCGUCCAAACCUCCUCUACCAUCCCAACCGGCCCACGACGCCCCAUUCACAGUGUACGACCUCAAGCGUGUGCCCACGACUUCGCAAAACUUCUACUUUGCCCAAGUCGACUGCGCCGCCAACGGCGACCUCUGCCACCUCAACAAUGUCAAAUACUACCCCUCCAUAUUCCUCUACCACCACGGCGUCUUUAUCGAAGAGUAUUCGGGCAAGCGUGCCGUCUUUGACCUCGAUCAGUACAUCGACAGGCACAUGCUCAAGAUUAAGCAGGCUAAAGCGCUUGAAGCCAAGAAGGCCGCAGCGCCACCCGAGGUCAAGGUCGAAACGGCUCCCAAGAAGCAAGAGAACGAGGAGGAAGAGGACGAGGAAGAUGCCGAAGAGAAUGACACAGAUCCGCUCGACAAUGGCCCUCAGGGUCAGGUCAAGACGGACAGGCUGGCGGCAGCGAUCAAGGGAAAGACGGGGGAGAAAGACACGAGCGCUGCGAAGCCCAAAGGACCGACGCGGGAGGCCAAGUUGCAUCUGAAUGACGAAGAUGCACAAGAGGAGAAGGCCUCUCCAUCGGCGCUUGAAGUCAUCCUCGAAGGGGCCAAGAAGGCUGCGCCCGUCGUCGUUUCACCACCGUUGCUGAAGGCGGGCAAGAUAAGCAAGGAGUUGCUGGACGCCGCCGUGGGUUCAAAGUUCGACAAGACCGCCGACGGUCGAGCGCCCAAAGGCGGCGUUGCUCGACUGGACAAAGGCUCCGCCGAUUCCGACUCGCCGCCCUCGUUCGUCGCCCAGCCACAUCAGCCAAUCGACGAGAAGCGCAACAACCACCCCUUGCCCGAUGGUCAGGUCCACAUCCUCGAGCCGACGCAGAUCGACGCUCUCAACGCUGACGAUGCACCCCCCUCGUUUGUCAAGUUCUAUGCGCCGUGGUGUGGGCAUUGCAAAGCGCUGCAACCGCGCUGGGUCGACUUGGCCGAGCAACUCAAGGGCAGAGUCGAUGUGUACGAGAUGGACUGCGACCAGAAAUCGACCAGCAAGACCUGCGCGGCGGAGAAGGUCCAAUCGUACCCUACGUUGAUGCUCUACCAUCAGGGGCAAAAGGUCGAGUACAACGGGCCUCGCGAUGUUGAAACGAUGCGUCGCUUCGUCACUCGCGUCGUCGACUCGAGCCAGGUCAAGCCUUUGGCCAAUGAGUACGAACUCAAGCGCGUCGUCGCCGCCGAACCCGUGGUCAUGCUGUUCCUGUAUUCGCCUUCGCUCUCCAAGGACGAUCUCAAGGUCGCUAUGACCGCAGCCAGGAGCCUGCAAGGCGAACCGUCGUUCUACACCUCGACGUCGCCGGACCUCUUCUCCCUGUACUCGGUCCAACAGGACGCCGUCUUCCUCGUCUUGAAGGGCCAACACCUUCAACCGAGCUCGAGACAUGCCUUCCCCUCUGCAUCUACAUCAGGGCUGGCGACCCGCGAAGCGAGGAUUGAGAACAUCUCGAACUGGAUGCGAUGGGCCAAGUUGCCCGCUCUGGUCGAACUGAACUCAGCGACGAUCCACGAUGUCUUGCCCGCGACGGGUGACGACGUCCCUCUCGUUGUCUUGGGUCUGUUUUCAAAAUCACAAAUGGGCAAGGAUUAUGAGGACCAAAAGACCGCGUUCGAAGCCUUGGCCAAGGGGUGGGCAGAGCGGAGGAGUAAAGGGGACAAGUUGGCGAGGGAGGUGGUCUGGGCUUGGGUCGAUGCGGACCGGUGGAUGGGGUGGCUAAAGGGGAUGUACUCGGUCAACUGGGGGAAACGGCCGGGAAUCGUCGUCUCGGACCCGAAAGUCAGUUGGCUAUCCCUUCAGGUUUUCGAGUCGAGUCAUUGAUGGGCAUCGUACUUGACCCUUCUCACAUAGGAACUGGCCUAUUGGAACCGCGAUCUCUCGUCCGAGCCCAUCACGUCGGACAGCGUCUACGAGACGGUCGAGCAAGGAAUUCUGACGAACCGAUUGAAGCCCUUGAGCUCGAGAUCAUUCUUUGAUCGACUAGCACAUGUGAGUCUGAACUCUGUCGAGUCUGUCCCCUCCCCUCCUGCCUCUGCGACUGAUUCAUUUCGCUGAUCUUCGAUCGACCAGCGCCUCGCGCUUCUCACCGACUCUUCAUUCAAGUCGUACUUCUCUUCCCAUCCUUUCGCACUCGUCUUCUUCGUCAUCUCAUCCUGGCUGGCCGGCUGGUGGUUCCUGCGACAAUGCUUGGGGAGGAGAGGGGGUGCUUCUCUCAUGGGUGGGAGUAGCGGGGCGGCAGGUGCGAGCGGUAAAGGCGGGUCAGCCAAAUACGAGUGA